CAAACCAAUACGAGUCAAUUACCUGAUGGCCAAUUCGAAAAGUCAAAAGUCAACUCCGUCCUCAAACGCUGGUUGAAGUUCGGUCUGACAACACGACAUCGUUCAACACGGUGUUAACCUCACAGUUUUGACAACGCUACUUCUGCUCGCUCAAGCUCUUCAAGAGAUCAUACACCAUGAAUAAGAUAUUAUUGGUCACACUUAUGUGUGUUGCCGUCGCGUCGGCAGCCACCAAGACGAAAUCCGGAGCUUCCAAGCGAGGUUUCGGAAUCGGAACGCAUGACGCUCACCCAGAAGUCGUUCAUGUCGGUGGUCACGGAAGUGGGGGUGGUGGUGGUGGAGAAGGAUGGGGAUGGGGAGCAUCUACCGGAGGUGGACAUGGAGAUUACCCAGCCUUGGCUGAUAUCGUCGCCCUCGUUUUGAACCUCUUGGUUUUGGCCGCUUUCGGUGGUCUCGUCUACAUGCUGUUGUCCCCACUUCUCUCUGACGGUCAUGGUGACGGAUGGGGCCGAUCCAACUCUUCCCCCUAUUUCGACGCUGUCAAGGAUGGUGGUCUCAUGUCCCGAGUUCUUAACUCCAUCGACUACGUCGACACUACCUUCGCCGUCAUGAAGAUCCAAGGAGAUGGGUGCCGUAAGCGAAUUGCGUGCGAAAUGGAGCGUACCGCUGGCCGUAACAAGAUCUUCAACUACGCCACGGGAUGGUUCAGAAAGCAAAUGAGGAGCAUGGACUUUUACAAGGAUGCCGUCGUUGCCGCAGAUGAGCAAAAGGAUUGUGCCGUCCAAUACCCCGAUUGUACGUACACCCUGGUCGAUAAAGUCGGAAAAUGGGCCACGAACUAAUUAGUACUCCACUCUUAACUAACUAACUCUAAUUUAACGAAGACCUAAGAAGAAGGAAAUAUGUUAGAUCGGUGAUGUCGAGUAGUGCGGAAACGCGUAUAUUUAACACUCACGGUCUCAUCAAGCCUCAAAUGUAUUUUCAUGAUAUUGAUUGUUGAACUUGUUGCUUAUAUUAUUAUUGAUUGUUGUUGAUUAUUAAUAAUUAUUUUAAUUUUAUUGCUCAGUUUGUUCAAACUUAUUAUCUUGCUUACUUAUAAAAAAAUUGCCUAUUUAAAUUAUAUAUUUGUUGUUGACUAUUGAUAAUACAAAAGAGACCCUUCUUGUGUGCGAACGAAGUCUGAUGAAGAAAAAAAUAAAAUUCCUUUUUUAAUAAAAAAAAAUGAUAAUACUCAUUGAA